GUAAAUAAUUAGUAAUUUUUAUCGAUAUAGGCAGGACGCCACCAAUAGCACGGGAUAUCAUUGGUGGCGUCCUGCGAAUGACACGCACACUGGACACGCACAGAGUUGGACACGCACGCACGCACAGCAGAACCAUGCUCUGUGGAAACGCAUACGUGCAAAUGACGCGCACAGGUUUGUCGCUAGGAUACAUGUUUUCAAUACCAUCGACUUGUUACAUCAGCAUAGAUUGCGCUGGAUGAGGAGAAAAAUGUGAUGCAAAUGGCGUCAUAUACAAGCAAUAGAGAUGUAAAAAGUAGUGGAUAUAUUUCAGGAAAGCUAAACGAUACAAACAAUUUACUAGAAGAGGAGAAUCGCUGUCUCAGAUCACAAUUGGCGUUGCUAAAAGAAAAUUCGGACUUAAAAUCUGCAACAUUAAUCAGUAUACUUUCAAGUUGGAUUUCAGGCAAACGCUUACAGAUUUCAUGUGAAGACACUGAUAAAUCAUGUUGCCCUCAAAAGAAUAUACCAACGAAUGGUUUUGAAAAUUGUUGUGGAAAAUCUAGGAAGCAAGAAGACAUAUCGUGUGAGUGUACACUUCCUCAGCCAAUCAUCAACCUUGAGCAAACGUCAUGUGAUCCCCCGUCAUUUCCAGCUGGUUCAUCGUACCAACAAUUUAUACCGAAAAUGCAUUCCACUCCAAAAAAGAACGCCCAGAAGUCUGAACAACAUAAUGUUUACAGUGAUCCACGCAGGCAAACCGGAGAAUCAACGUCAAUUGACGCUAGCCUGCCUAGUCUUCAGCUUUAUGACUCGCACCCUCCACCCUCAAAUACGUCAGGCGUCGGUUCCUCUACCUCAGACCAGAUUUACAUGUCUUCAAUUGUGCGCCAGAGAGAAUUAAAGUCUAGAAUACUGGGUGAAAUUGCUUUUCAACUUGAUCGUCGUAUUGUGUCGUACGUGUUCAGGCCAACUAGCGACCAACACUUUAGAAGACGUUUCUACGGUUAUUCAUUACUUACUAUGGCGACAUUGCUAGACAUUGAAGCGGAUGGUGAUUUGGAGUUGCGACAUCAUUUCAUAGAAAGACUUCGGAAAUUAGUAACUUUCUUAAGCCCGCAUGGUUUUGAUAUUGAAUAUCACCCGGCGCGCUUGGUUUCAACUGUUAAUAAAUUCGGUCGACUUAAUAUUAUGAACAGAAGCCCUGAAACUACAGAACCCUUUUUGGAUGGAGAAAACUUCAAUGAAUUAUUGAGUGGUUUGCAGCUCGAACAAAUAGAACGUAUCGAUAUGUUGAUCUUUCUGUCUUGCCUAAAAGCGAUGUCGAGUGCUGAUAAACUUCAACUGUUUGUAUUCUAGCGAACAUGCUACUCAAUUUUAUAUCAUAUUUACUGGUUAUAAGUUACAUUAAUUAAUGAUUGUGCGUUAAUAUGGCUAAAAUAUUUAGUAUAAAGAGGCUAGCUAGUGUAAUGUGUAUGUUAUUUUCUGUUAAUUCCAAAGAAGACAAGAAUUACUUCUACAUCGAAGCCUGACAGACACAUAAAAAUUCUCCUGAAUGUCGAUGUUACUUAUUUUUUCUCUCGCAUAAAGACGUACUUAUCUUUGGCCCGGUGCGCGUGAUGGUACGUAAACACAUAGCGCUUGCAUCUUUUAGAACAUUUCGUAACCACAACUCUGUUGCUGACAUUUCGUAACAAGUACAUUGCAAGUUACGAAAUGUCGACACCUCCUAAAGUAUCUUAAUAAUGGGCUCCACAUAAUGAUGGAACCCACCGGAACAAUUUUCAAAAUCUUCGAAUCAAAGAAAAGGGCCUUACAUGUGCGAUCAGUAAUACUAACUUUUCCAUCUUAAACACGGUAUAAAUUCCAUGUCUUUUGACUACAGCCUGAUAAUUUCAAAAUGUACAAUUUGUGUUGGUUUUUCCGGUAUGACGUAAUGGUGAUUAUUUUAUGAGGUGACGUAAUAAUUUAAUAAUAACCUAACCAAUGCAUGAGGGCUCACUACAAUUUAUCCAUCAUCACUCAUACUGAUAGUAACCAAUUACAUUCUAACGAACAUUAUGUUGAAGACUCCAAUCUCUCUGUUUCGCCUACUAAAAUAAUUAUUUCUGGACAUUCCCGAAAGAUUGCUAAAAAUUUAAAAAGUUAUAGCAGAACCCUUAUUAAGGAGACACCUUAUUCGGGACCAAAUUUGUGUCCUCUUAAUGUUUAUAUGUGGGUGUUAUAUUUAAGUUUAAAAUAGUACAAGACAGCUUUCCUUUGAAACUGGUUUAAGUCAGUUAACGAGAAUUGAAUCGUUUUAAUCUGUUUUUCAAUUGAAAGUCAUCUUUAAAAUUAGCAACUUCUGCAUUUUUUUUUCAAUUCAAAUUUUAGUCUUCAACCUCCAAAUAGGAAAACAUUGAUGUAUGGCGGAAUUCUAAAAGGUAGCAAGAACGCCACUAUUGUGUGUAAAUUAAAACAAUAGAAAUAAUUAAAUGUCUAGGACGUACCGGUAACAAAAGAAAUGAUAUCAGUAGGCCAAUAUGGUGUUUGUCAUUGAAACAAAAAGGUGUGUAUACGAUAUAAUAGACAUGAUGUUACGGUUAUAUUAUUUUCAGGGUAUGAUGUCAUGCUAUGCAUUUGUUAGUGUAUGUCGUGCUAAAUAUCUAUAAUAUCCUUAUUAAUUUUUAAAAAUAAGUUUUAUUUUCCAAAAAAAUAUAAUGAACGGGUUGGCACAACGGUUGUGUUGU